AUGGAUUCCGAUGAAUUCGAUGACGAUAUCGCCGAUGAGGAUAUGCUUGCUGCCUUUGAUCAAUUAUCUUCAUCUAAUGGAGGGCAAAUCACAUCCACAUCUACGUCGAAUGCAGUGAAUACGAAUCGUAUCCAUGGAUUGACCAAUGAUCAGAGCGUGGCCCAGGAGCUUCUUGAUUUACCUUCAGACGCUUUCUCUUCACCGGAACCUCCCAGAAAGAACGCGCAGCCCCCUGCAAGGCCGGCAGUAAAUGCACGCUCUGGCUUCAGUCGGACGAAUUCAGGGACUUUUAGACAGACUACAUUAUGGGGUGGCCAUGCAGCAACUGAUGAUGCUCCCCGUGCAUCUCAAACUACAACUGCUAGGGUCUAUCGUGCUGAUCUGCCGCCUGAACAACCCAGUCCGCAUCAGCUUGACAGAGAGGCGAUGAAAACUUGGGUGUAUCCGACAAAUCUAGGACCAACUCGCGACUACCAGUACAGCAUUGUCAGAAACAGCCUGUUCAACAACACAUUGGUAGCCUUGCCAACAGGUCUAGGAAAGACGUUUAUUGCUGCUACAGUCAUGUUGAACUUUUAUCGUUGGACGAAAACGGCAAAAAUCGUCUUUGUGGCGCCAACGAAACCGCUUGUAACUCAACAGAUUGACGCUUGUUACAACAUUGCGGGAAUUCCCCGAUCGGAGACGACGCUUCUUACUGGCGAUAUCCCUCCUGCACUGCGGAGUGAUGAGUGGGAAAAAAGACGAGUCUUCUUCAUGACACCUCAAACGCUUCUUAACGAUCUUUCGCAUGGAUAUGCAGACCCCAAGAGCAUUGGCCUUAUAGUCAUUGACGAAGCACAUCGCGCCGUGGGAGAAUAUGCGUAUGCCAAGGCCACCAGACUUAUUCGUCGAUUUUCCAACAGUUUUCGAGUGUUGGCUCUGACGGCCACACCUGGAUCAAAGGUUGAAACGGUCCAAGAGGUGAUUGAUAAUCUGGGGAUCUCGCACUGCGAAAUCAGAACCGAAGAAUCUCUGGAUAUUCGGCAGUAUGUGCAUCAGAGAAAUAUCGACCAAAUAGUUCUGGAGCCUUCGGAUGAGAUAAACCUUAUUGGAGAGCUCUUUACUGAGGCUCUCAAGCCACUGACGGAGAAGCUCAGCGCCCAAAAUAUAUGGUAUGGACGGAAUCCAAUGGCUCUCACGACUUAUGGCUUGAUACAGGCGCAGAGGGAGUGGUUUGCUACGCGUGGACAUCGUGCCAAUCAAGGCAUUCAGUUCAUGAUGCGGGCAAUAUUCAGCGUGUUGACGAGUCUUGCUCAUUCGAUCAAAUUACUGCAAUAUCAUGGUAUCCGACCUUUUUACGACAACAUGGUCGACUUCCGCAGCGAACAAGAAGGGAAGGGUGAGAAGGGAUCCAAGUACAGGCGCCAGAUCUUGGACAGCACUAGCUUUCAAGAAAUGAUGGACAAGAUUUCUGGAUGGCUCAAGACGGAUGGCUUUGUAGGACAUCCAAAGUUGACCGCUCUGGCUGAUUGCGUGUUGAACCAUUUCAUGGACAAUGGAGAGGCAACACGAGUCAUUGUGUUCAGCGAGUAUCGUGAUUCUGCCGAAGAAAUCGUUCGCAUGUUUAAUACCCACCGGCCUCUCAUCAAAGCUACUGUCUUUGUUGGGCAGGCUGAUGGAAAGCGCGGCGAAGGCAUGAAGCAAAAACAGCAAAUAGAUACCAUUGAGAAAUUCAAGACCGGCGCCUACAACGUUUUAGUCGCCACGUCGAUUGGAGAGGAAGGUUUGGACAUUGGCCAAGUUGAUCUCAUCGUAUGUUACGACUCUUCAGCAUCGCCUAUUCGAAUGCUGCAGCGAAUGGGCAGAACAGGACGAAAGCGCGCAGGCAACAUCACAUUGCUCCUAAUGAGAGGCAAAGAGGAGGAACAGUUUGCAAAGUCAAAGGACAAUUAUGAGAAGAUGCAACAGCUCAUUUGCGAAGGAAGCCGAUUCAACUUUCGGUUUGAUCUCUCUACGAGAAUUGUUCCCCGGGAUAUACGCCCAGAGGUGGACAUGCGACAUGUGGAGAUUCCGAUUGAAAACACCCAGAACACGUCAUUACCAGAACCCAAGAAGAGACAAGUGCCCAAGGGAAAGAAGAAGCCGCCCAAAAAAUUCCACAUGCCAGAUGGUGUUCAGACUGGUUUUCAAAAAGUCAGCGACUUUAUGCGGGUCACGCCAAAGACAAAGCAGCCUGUGUCUAGAUCAAGCUCGAAGCCGGAACGGACUUCCGAGCUAGAUGAUGUCGCUGCAGUUCCCGAAUUGGAGCGCGUUGUGCUUGGUGAAGACGAGCGUUAUGAGCUCGAUCGAAUCUACCGGAAUCUGCCAUUCAACCUCAGUGUGGUUGGAGAAACUAAGUUGCCGGACUACACUGCUCAUCCGACAUUACAAAGAGAGCCGCGGCCAAUUGCCUUGGUUGCGCAUGGGACUCGCACAAAACGCUGUAUCAAAAUGUUACGCAAGAUGGGUGCAGAUCCCGAUAGCCUCGUGAGGCCGUGUCGCGAUGAGGAUAUAAGCGACUACCUUGAGAUCCCAGUAAAGCCUUUUGUGUAUUCUGAUAAUGGCGAGACGGAUGCGAGUGAUGUUCAGAGUGCACCAGACGGAAAAAAGCGACCAGUGAUCGAAGUUGAUUCGGAUGACAGCGCUCCAGGAAGUGAGGUUCAGCAGAAGAGGAGAAGGAUCACAGCCCCGAAAGCUCAGCUAAAAGCUCAACCAAAACCAAAAGCUCAGUCAAAAGCUCAGUCAAAAGCUCAGCCAUCAACCAAAAAGGCGUUAGUUAAAAAGACUUCUCGGCCCGCCACCCUACCUGAAUUGAAUUCGGAAGAUGAAGAGCUGUUUGACUCUGAUCUUGAUAUAGAUGCCGAAGAAGAGGAGCCUGGUGAUGAAGAAGGAGACGACUGUGAAAGAGACAGCGAUCUGCUGGAUGAGAGUGACUCGGACGACGGGGCUGAUCUGCUAGAUUUCGUUGUGGGAGAUGACCAGGCGACUUCCAGCAUGCUGGAUUCUGAGGCGACAUCGCCUAUACGGCCGAAAGAACGGACAUCACGAGCAGAAGCGAGCAAGCCCUAUUUUGUACCAACUCAAUUUACAGCAACACAAGAGAGCGAAGACGUUCCCGAGUUUGAUCUGCUUGUUGGCCCUUCCAAGAGUCGAUUGGACGAAGCGUCUGCACCAGCUAAGAGGGCGCGACGCGGAAGGCCUGCAAUCUUGGACAGCGAUGACAGUGAUUUCUAA